UGCUCGUUCUCCGCCAUUUUCGUUAGCUGGUGUCGCAGAGGUGGUCUGCAUCGUUAUUUGUUCCAUAAAGUUCAAUUUGGAAGGCGAUUGACUCGUUAAUACCAACGAAGAUAGUCUUCAAUAACACCGUUUAAGUUAACAAGACACUAAACUGCGCAAGAAGAUGUCGACCGAGCAGGCCGAAAAUACUAACGUGGCCGAGAAAGCGGCCCUGCAGCCGCAGCCGCCGCCGCAGCAGCAGCAGCAGCAGCAGCAGCAGCCGGGAGAGGUGAAUGGGAAAGCCAAGCAUGAUGCCAAUUCAAGCAGGAAGGAGAGACCCCAGAAGAGAGGUGGAGGCGGGCGAUUCGAGCCCUAUGGAAACGUGAACAAGCGAUACCGCGUUUUUGUCAGCAACAUCCCAUACGAUGUUAAAUGGCAAGCCCUCAAAGACCUGAUGAAAGAGAAAGUGGGUGAGGUAACGUACGUGGAACACUUAAUGGACGCAGAAGGCAAAUCGAGGGGUUGUGCUGUUGUUGAGUUUAGGACCGAAGAGCUAAUGAAGAAAGCAGUGGAGAAGGUCAACAAGCACAAUCUCAAUGGACGACCCUUGAAAGUGAAAGAGGACCCUGAUGGUGUGAUUGCUCAGAGAGAAGUCAACAAGACUCAAGGUGGAGGACAUCCAGGAGGCCAUGGUGGGAUGGGCGGUAUGGGAGGAAUGGGGGGAAUGGAUCGCAUGAACAUGGAACGAAUGGGCCCUGGACCAAAUGGCUCCAUGGUCAACAUUCCUCCUAGUCUGAUGAACAACCCCAACAUCCCCAACGAGGUCAUCCAUGGUCUCCAGGCUGGCAGGAUUGGCAGCACUGUCUUUGUUGCUAAUCUCGACUACAAAGUGGGCUGGAAGAAGCUGAAGGAGGUAUUCAGCAUGGCGGGCAUGGUGGUGAGGGCCGACAUCCUGGAGGACAAGGAUGGGAAAAGCAGAGGCAUGGGCACAGUCACGUUUGAUAUGCCCAUUGAAGCAGUCCAAGCUGUCUCUAUGUUCAAUGGACAGCUUUUAUUCAACAGACUCAUGCACGUCAAACUGGAUGAGAAGUCCCUGCCAAAAGAUUUUGGACCACCUGAGAGAGCUUCUUCGGCUCUUCCCCGUGGCCUGAGUGGUAUUGGUUUGGGCCUGGGACCUGGUGGCCAGCCCAUUGAUGCUACCCAACUCAACAGAGGUGGAGGCGGAGGAGGAGGUAAUGGUGGUGGUGGUGGAGGAGGCGGCGGCGGAGGAGGAAUGGGCAACAUGGGCCCCGGAGGAAUGGAUGGAAUGGGCUUCGGCAACAUGGGAGGACGUAUGGGCGGAGGAGGAGGAGGCAGCGGCGGCGGAGGAGGAAUGGAGAACUUCGGAGGAAUGAACAACAUGGACCGCUUUGGUUCUUCCGGGAUGGGCAGGGUGAACGAGAUGGACCGUGGGAUUGGUGGUGCUUUUGACAGGGAGUUUGGGCGAAAUGAAAUGGGAAUGUCUCGCAAUAAUUUUGGAGAGUCGUUUGAAAGAGGAAUGGGAAACUCACUCGGUAUGGACCGCAUGACCUCUGGAAUGGACCGCAUGGGAUCCAGCAUGGAGCGCAUGGCAGGGAUGGACCGGAUGGGCAUGGACCGGAUGGAGCGCGGGUCUGACCUGGAAAGGCUUGGUACUGGGUUUGACCGGAUGGGCUCGGGGAUGGACCGGCUUGGGCCCAGUAUGGAAAGGCUUGGACCUGGCCUGGACCGUAUGAGCUCCAGCAUGGACCGCCUCGGCCCAGCUGGGUUUGACCGCUUGGGCCCAUCUGGUCUGGAUCGCAUGGGUUCUGGACUAGACUUUGGCACCCCAAUGGGUAUGGAUCGCAUGAGCAACACCGGAAUUGACAGAAUGGCCACCAGCUUUGACCGCAUCGGCUCCGCUGGAGGAAUUGACCGCUUCCCCACCGGUGGCAUUGACCGCAUGAGCUCUGGCAUGGAUCGGAUGGGGUCCGGAAGUGUUGGGGGGCAGUUUGAUCGCACUGCUGACUUGGAUCGUGGAUUUGGUGGGAAUUCCUUUGGUGGAGCUGGAGGACCUGGAACUGGGGGAGGAGGCAAUGUCAGGAAGGGCUGCCAGAUCUUUGUCAGAAAUCUGCCAUUUGACUUCAACUGGAAGAUGCUGAAGGAUACCUUCAACACAUGCGGCAUGGUGCAGUAUGCUGAUAUUAAGAUGGAGAACGGAAAGUCCAAGGGCUGUGGUGUGGUUCGCUUCGACACCCCUGAAACUGCCGAGCGUGUCUGCCGGACCAUGAAUGGCUAUCGGCUGAAUGGAAGAGAAAUUGACGUCAGGAUUGAUAGGAAUGCAUAAGUUCUGUCUGUUACGUCUGCCGUUUCCUUUAGUCCCUAAUGUCCAAAUGAUCUGAUUUCUCCAUCAGCAUAUUCAUAUUAUAUUCUCUUGGUUCGUUAGAUAUUUGUAACCGUGUUAUUUUAGUUUGUAAGUUGUCACAGUGAAAGUGUUGUUUUAGUUUUUGCUAAAAUUUACUUUUUUUUUUUUUUUUUAGAGACCAAAUUUUUAAUUUUUAUUUUCUGUAAUGCUUCACCUGUCAUUGCCUUUGUUCUAUAAGGUGUUUUGAUAAAUAAACCUCAGUGUUUGAAAUGC